CAAUGGAAGCUAUUUCACAGUAUAUUUCAAAGUUAUUCAGGACGUCCGGGAAGAGAGCAAAACAAUCUUUACUUCUUCCAGAGGGAUUAUGCCGGAGAUUUUCACUCGCUGAGAUCAAGAUAGCUACCAAUAACUUCGACGAUGAUUCAGUAAUUGGUGAGGGAGCUUUUGGCAAAGUAUACAAGGGAUUUAUUGGUGACUGUACCGUAAGCGUUGCAAUAAAGCGUCGUAAUUGGAUAGGACAGGCUUUCAAAGAGUUUUGGACGGAGUUAGUGUUGCUUGGCCAGCUACGCCACCCUAACCUCGUCAAUCUCAUCGGAUAUUGUACUGAAAAACACGAGAUGAUCCUAGUUUUUGAGUUCAUCGUAGGUGGAUCCCUCGCCAUACACCUCCUCCACCAGGACCAACAUGAUCCCCUCCCGUGGAAACGAAGACUACAGAUUUGCAUUGGAGUGGCGCGUGGACUGCACUACCUUCACACUGGAGUUAAGCAUACUAUAAUCUACCGCCACGUGAAGUUGAUAAACAUUUUGUUGGGUGAGAACUGGGAGGCCAAGCUGGCAGAUUUCAGCUUGUGCAAGAAGGGUCCCCCGAGUUUGUCAAAGGCUUUAAUUAGGAUUGAUUCUGUAGUGAAGGGUACUGUUGGAUACCUGGAUCCCGCUUAUCUUCGAACGAGUCAGCUGACCGAUAAAACUGACGUCUACUGUUUCGGUGUGGUACUGUUUGAAGUGCUCUGUGCGAGAAGAUCAGUGGACAUGGAAUCAGAGAGAGAACAGAGUAUGGCCGUCUUGGCUCCAGCAUGCGUAGAAGAUGGGACCAUUAAUCAGCUUAUUGAUCCCUAUCUGAUAGGGAAGAUAGCUCCGGAGUGUUUCAAGAUAUACGUGGACAUUGCCACUUCUUGCCUGCGAGAAGACAAUUUGGAACGUCCUGCGAUUGGUGAAGUGGAGGUAGGCCUUGAGCACGCAUUGGAGCUGCAAGAGUAUGCAGAUGCUGCGACGAGGAAAGAUGAUGUGGGUUCUGGUAGUGACCAAUGA